AUGGAAGAUCAGAGAGCGAUAGUGACCACGUUGGAGAACAACUUAAGCGUUAUAGAGGAACUUUACAGGGAAUGCUUUUAUGAGACUGCAAAACAGGAGAACUUAAUAGAAAUGCUUCGCAGUUCAUAUCUCGAUGUGCGCCUUAUGGAGAAACAGAAGGCUGAUCAAAUUGGGCACCUCCAAAUUGUCAUCGAUAAGCAGAAAUGGUCAAUAGAUAGAUGUAAAGACAUCGCCUUAGAAGUGGAUGGUUUGAAGACGGAGAUAUCGAACUUUUUGAACAGUACCACGUCGACAUCGACAAAUUACGACUCGGGUAUGUGGGAGCGUAGUGAGGACUCGUUGACAUCGGUACCAGGCGUGCAGGAUGACUUGCAGGAAGUCACGGAACAACUCUUACGUCUGCAGGACUUGCUCGCUCUUGGUUGCACUUGUGGUUUGAAGGACGAAAAUAUAAAGCUAAAGAAAGAAGCUGAGGGACUACGUAUAAAAAUGGGGAAUCUGCAACAAAAGUUAUGUAGCUUGGAAGGUGUCCUCGCACUCAAGAACGACGCAGACCUGAAAUACCAAGCAGAGAUCGAGAUGAAACAUCAAGAAUUGUCAAAGAUACGGGAGCAAUUGGCACGUUCACAGGAAGACACGUGUGAAGCGAUGUCAAUGCAGCUCAGACGUACUAAAGCGUUAUUGGACGAGAAGACGGAAUUGAUAAAUCAACUGAAACAAGAGAAUGAGUGUCAAGCGGAGAAGAUUCAGAACCUUCAGGAAGAACUGGAAAAAGCUGACAGUAUUAUAAAAGAGGUAAGAAUAUUGAGGGGAAUGAUACAAUAG